AUGUUCCAUGUCCUCUCAACACGGUCGACAGAGCUCGACAAUCUUGUGAAACUGUUGCUCUGGAUAGAAACCCAGCUCCACCAGGGGUCUAUCUUUGAGAUAACGGACUCCGAUAGAUUCUCUAAGUAUGUCCAGAUGUUGCAUAAAAUGUCUCGCAGCCUUAUUACAUUGGAACACAACAACCAGCGAGAUACAUCCAACAUCGACCACUUGCUUCAUGAUCAUUCACGCUUAGGCCGACUAGCCAGACGCCAUCGCAGUGAGGCCAAGAUAGACCCUGUGUGUCACGACCGUGUUCGAGAUGACUUGCUUGCUCUGCGCGACUUUUGUGAUGACCGACAUCGUCGCAUCCUUAAUCUGCACCAACGGACCAAUAAUUUCAUAACUCUUCUGUAUAAUCUGAUUACAGGGCAUGAUAGUACGGUGAAUCUUCAAAUUGCUACACAGAGUGCGAGGAUUGCGCGCGACGCACGCAAGGACAGCAUGUCGAUGAAGAUCAUUGCAGCUGUGACCUUGAUAUACCUACCAGCAACAUUUGUAUGCAGCUUAUUUGGAACCAAUCUGGUCGCAUUUGAUACAUCGUCUGAGGGAGGCGAACCUUCUUUUGUUGUCUCGAGUCUGUGGUGGCUUUAUCUCGCAUUUGCUGUGCCGCUGACCAUGUUGACGAUGUUUGGGUUUUGGUUAUGGCGGCGAUUUAGGGAGACACCAAAACAAGGACAAGAAAAGAGCCCCGUUGACUGA